CGUCCGAGUGGCGCGGCUGUGGAGGACGUGCCGCGACAGGCCCAACCGGACAAGGGGCGGAGAGGAGGGGGCUGAGGGCCGGCGCGGGGCGGGGGCGCACGCCUCUUCCGCCCCGGGCCCGGAAGGGUGAUGUGGCUGGGGCUCCGCCGGCCUCACUAUGUCUGCCAUUUUCAAUUUUCAGAGUCUGUUGACUGUAAUCUUGCUGCUUAUAUGUACCUGUGCUUAUAUCCGAUCCUUGGCACCCAGCCUCCUGGACAGAAAUAAAACUGGAUUGUUGGGUAUAUUUUGGAAGUGCGCCAGAAUUGGUGAACGGAAGAGUCCUUAUGUUGCAGUGUGCUGUAUAGUGAUGGCCUUCAGCAUCCUCUUCAUGCAGUAGCUUGGAAAAAUAUCAGAAUUUAAUUGCCAUCGGAUUUCAGUAUGAAAAAAGGACUUAUCUACAGAAAAUAAUGGAAUGAAUGGUUAACCCUUUUAUCUCUGAACAUUGAAUGAGAUAAAUUUCCAGCUGCUCUCCUCUAUUUUCGUUAUUGGACCAAUGUUCUAUAUAAAUAGGAUGUAACCGUUUAAUACUCAGAGUUUAAUAUGUCUGUAACAAUCAACCUCAGUACUGUAACUACAAUAUUACAUUCUGCAAUGUUAUUCUUUUAUGUCAGAUACCAGUUCUUAGUGUGGUAUCUCCAAGGCGCAUAAUAGAAAACAAAAUUAGUAAAUUACCCAAGUUUCUUUCACUGUGAUUUGGGAAUGAUAAAUCCUUGUAGAAUGAGACAUUUUUCUGAACUAGCUUUUUUACUGGGGAAAAAAAAAGUUCAAUUUGUGUUGGUAAGGAUUGCAUUCAUAUUUAACAAUGCUUGCUUUUCCUCCAGCCACACCAGACCAUUAACAGUACCUCUAAGCAAACUAUAGUUUGUCACAGGUGUUUCAGCUAUUUGAAACAAGCCUAUGCAGUUUUAAGGAGGAAGAUAAAUGAGAUGUGACUUAAGAGUAGUACCAGGAGAAUGUUUGUAUUUAGCAUAAAAAGAGUUUAGAAUAGCUUACUGGUAUAGUAGCCUCUAAAACUCUAGAUGAGUAUGGAGAAAUAUUUUAAGCAUAAAUUUGAUCAGCUGUCAUUCUCUGAAUAAGACUACAUUCUUAGAGUGAAAAUAGCAAAAUAGAGCAAUUACAGAAUGAUAAUGCUAUUUGUGUUCAUUCUUUUUAGUGUCAGGUCUUUUAUCUUAAUUGCCCCGAACAAAAACUGUAUUUUAUUUGUUUGUUUUUGAAUACAGCACUUUAAAUCUAGUUUACUUUUGUAUGUGUCAAUUUGAACUAGAACUCAGUAGGUGGUGUUAAACAGUUUUCAAAUGUACCUUUUCAUAUUCCUUGGCAUAAAUGUCUUUGAGUUUUGAUAACAAAGACUUUCAACAAUUUUCAUCAAAGCAAGAGAAACAUUUGGAAUGUGACUUAUAAACUUUGCAAUAGAGCAGUUAAUUUACUAUUUCUUAAGGUUCAACAAAAUUGUUAGAAUUUCACAGCUUAGAAGAACUUAAAAAUUGCCCAUCAUAGACAGUACUAAUCUGAUAUUGUCCUCAGCUGUUAAUACCUUUUCUUUUUUUAAGAAAAGAAAAUUAUUUAAUUAUUUUAAAAUGAGUCUGCCAGUAGCUCUUUCUGUAGAAACAAAGUCUGGAACUAAAAGCCAUAUAUUUUUAAAGACCACUUUAAACUACUUGAAAAGAAUUCUAGGAAACAUGUAAGAAAAGCUUGUUAUGCAUUGCCUGCUUUUCUCAGAAAAGAUAAAAACUGCUGUAGGCUAUCAGUAUAUUUGUUUAUUUUACAUUUUUGGCAUAUCUCCCUGGCUAAUAGAUCCUAGAGGAUCUUGUAUAUUUUGCUUUAGACAAAGAAUCAGGUUAUGAUCAUUGUGUCUGAACUAUCUUUUGGGCUUUGCAUUAGGUCAAGAAUUUUCAGGGUAUCCUAAAAAUAGGACUCUUAUCAGCAUAUACGUGCAGAGUAAGUCACCUUUCUGGGUCUGGUUUCUGAGUGGCCAUCUGUUGUCCAACUCUGCUUGCUGCCAACUAGACUUUCCAAAAGAUUUGUCAACUAGUUUUUUAUAUGUUAACACAAAUCUAAUUAUUUAAUAAAGAGAAGCAUAUUCUGAGUAAUCAGUUGUAGGGCAUUUCUUUAAUUUUGGCAUUUUGGAGAAAGUAGGUAGAAUGUGGAGGAAGAAAUAAUUUCUUUCAAAAAUUUGUGGUAACGUAUAAAAAAUUUUGCUGUGUGUAGAUGCUCAACAGAGUGGGAGGCAGCUUAUUUCUGCCCCCAGACAUUGUGACCUUUUGAAACACCAGCUCUUUGGGAGGUAGAGGAAAGACACAGGAUUCUAUGAAGAAAAGCAAUUAGCAUUUUCUUUAAUGUAUUUCUAUCAAAGAGCUACUGCUGAAUCCUGUUCUCUAACCCAAAGGGCAGCGUAGGUAGUUUCAGGCCCACAGAAUAUUCAGAUAUUCCUGUUGUGGUCUUGGUGGGGUGACAGGAUGCAGAAGAGGAUUGAGGGUCAAUUUGGCAUCAGAUGGACUGCCUCUGUCACAUAGUCUUACCGCAGGGCUGGAUGGGAUGGAUGGUGGGCACUGAAGUCCACAGCUUUUGCAAGGUUUGAAUCCUCUGCCUAACCUCUUUCCUGGCUCCAUUAGCUUUUUAUUUGUCUCUCCUAGAAAUUGUUUUAUGCUGAUACUUAGUUCCUGAUUGGCCUCAGCUAUGUCCAUGGUAGGAGCUAGUCUUCUUUCUAGGCGGUCUUAAAAAAUAGUCCAUCAAAACACCAUUUGGUCUGUUGAAUUCCCUCUAUGGCUUAAAAAAAUUUGGAUUCAAGGCCAGUAUCUUGUAAAUGCCUGUGCUCCUGUGUCAGGCACUUUCCAUGUUCAAAUUCAAAAUAGCCCUUUCACACUAGGGAUAAUAGUAGUAUCUAAUUUGUAACAGAUUCCUUCAUCUUAGUAAUAUGCAAAUCAAUCUAGUUUUAUCUUAGUACCUAGAAGAGGUCAGAAUGCAGUGACUCCUCCAGGUGUACAAAGAAAAAAAACAAAUCUCUACCUAGCUUUGUGGGAAAGACCUAACAUUCGUAAAUAGAAUGUAUACAUUUCACCAUUCUUUCAAGCAGCAUUAUGGAGUACAGACCGUACAUUAUCACUGAAGACAGAAAAACAAGUACAUAAUUUCUUCCACCCAGUAGUUGGAUGAGGAUGUGGCUCCACAGUGCAAUGGAUGAGAGAGAUGAAGUUAUUUAUACAAGUGCAAUAUGAUAAUGUUUAUUAUUGGAAUGUUAUUAUUGAAAUAUGCCAGGACUCUAGAAGAAAAUGAGGGUGACAACUUAGAGAUAAGAAUUUCCUUCCAGAGAAGCAGUGCUUACACUGAAUUUAAGAGCAGUAUGCAGAAGCACCAGUGGUAUAUUUUUAUGAACUAUUAGUACCUAGCUUGUUGUGCCCUUGGGGAGGAGUAUUAAGACAUAAGCCUAAAAAGGUGGACUGAGGUUAGAUCCUAGAGGGUCUUGUAUUUUUUCUCACUAUUAUUACCUACCUCAAAAUUGGAGUUGAAUAUAUGUUCCCUCCUGCCUAACCAAAAAAAAAAAAAAAAAAAAAAAAAAACCUUGGAAAAAAAUCUUUGGUAUAU